AUGGCGGCCCCAACGCAGCUGCUCGUGGCUGUUUGGACGAUGGCCGUAAUCCUCUUGGAUGGUGCUGCUGCGGGCACCUACGAAGUGUAUGUUGGAGGCAAGCAGUCCGAGCUCGAGCUUGACGAUGUGACCAACCCCGGAAGCUUCCGCGGGGCCUUGGCCCAGGCGUCCUCUGACACCGGCGCCAGCACGAUCACAUUCAGCCAGUACCUCAUAAACCCCUUCGUCACCCUCACGAAUGGCGACCUGACUGUCACACUGCAGCCGGGCGCAUCGCUGACAAUCGAUGGCACCCUGCCCGACGGCUCGCAGUUCGGCAUUUUUUCGGACGCCGCCACGCACGCCACGAUCACCUUGGCCUCGGCCAACGCGUUCAACUUCCAAAACCUCAUCCUCAACGGCGUGAGCCUCAACGUCUCAGCGUCGGGGGCAUCGCUCGCGGUGGGAAGCUGCCGGCUCACAGGAGAGAAUAAGGACGCCGGGCCGCCUGCCAUCAGCAUGCAGCAGGGGACGUCGCUGCUGGUCGAUGCUUCGACAUUUGACACCCUCAACUGCUCUUUGGGGUCGGGCGCAGGUAUUUAUGGCGUGAGUGCUGACAUCACUGUCAGCCAGUUCACCACCAACGCCGCGAUCCAAGGCGGUGCCAUCUACACUGACAACGCCGCGGAACUCAAGAUCUCCACCACCAUUUUCCAGGACAACUCGGCCACCCUCGCCGUCGGCGCCGUCAGGGCCGCGUGCCGCGGCUCGCCGACGCGCGACUCUGGCGCGGUCCAGAUCACUGGGACGUCCUUCUUUGCAAACUAUGCCCCAACAGGCGGCGCCCUGGAGAUCGCCGGCUGCGUGGACCCGCUGAUUUCAGACUGCUCGUUCUUCGACAACCGCGCCGACUCUGGCGCUGCGGGCGCGCUGCUGGCCACGUCCUUCACCAACCUGACUGUUGGCCGCAGCACCUUUUACGCAAACAUUGCCACCACGGGUGGCGCCAUCGCCAUCCAGGCGCCGCAGCUGGGGUCGCCUCUUAACAACGUGCUGCAGCUGCGCGAAAGCACGCUCAACUCCAACCAGGCGGGCGGCGCCGGUGGUGCGGUGUACGUCAAUUCUGGCAGCGGCGGUGGCUCCAGCCUUUCAUCGCUCAGCGUGGCUUUCGUCACCUUUGCUGACAACACUGCAGCCUCUGGAGCGUCCGCAAUCCAGGCCGACGGCUCCGCGCAGGUCAGCAGCAGCAUCUUUGUCUGCCCCGGCGCGCCCGGCCAGCCGUGCGUCGCGGCGGGACCGUCGGGCAGCGCGCAGCUGAGUCGCUGCAUCCUGCCUGGCGGGUUUGGGGUACCAGGGGAUGGCAAUAUCGACGAGAGCGACCCCAUGCUCGGGGCUCUGAUAGACAACGGCGGCGCCACGCUCAGCAUGCUGCCGCAGCCGGGCAGCCCCGCCAUCGACGCCGGCAGCGCGUUGGCGCUCAACGGGGACGCCGUGGACCAGCGCGGCUCGCCGCGCACCGUCUGUGCAGCGCCGGACAUCGGAGCUGUCGAAACCGGCAAGCUUCCCCCCACCGCCACCACCGCCGCGGCCGCGCCGAUUUUCUUUGAGGCGCCCUCAAAGCGCGAGCCAUUCAGCGAGACCCUUGUCGUUGCGGACCUUUUCACAAGCCCGACCAAGGAUGGGGCGGUGAAGCUGGCGGUCGCCGCCCCCGCGCCCGCCGGCCUCACCCUCAACUCGACCAGCGGGGCCUUUACAGUCACCCCAGCCAACGGGUUCCUCGGGAACUUCACCUUCUAUGUAAACGGCGUGAGGGACUGCGCAGGGGAGGCGCUGACAUCCGCUGGAAACGUGACCAUUAUCGUCCAAUUCUCUAACAAGGCGCCGGCUGCGGGCGCUCUCGCGUACAGCACCAGGCAGGGCGAACUCCUGGCGGUCUCUGCUGGCGACGGCCUCUUCUCCAACGCCUCCGAUCCUGAUGGCGACACACUGUCCUUGGUCAGCAACACCCAGCCUGCGCACGGGAGCCUGCAGGUUUGGCAGAACGGCUCAUUUGAGUACACGCCUAAUCAGACGUAUACUGGCUCGGAUGGGUUCACCUACACCCUCACCGAUGGCAGUGCGUCCACAACCGGGACCGUCUCAAUCACCAUAGUCUCCAAUCGGCCGCCAGUCGUAAGCGCCCCCAAAUACAGCGUCAGGCAGGGCAAGGCUCUGACAGUGCUGGCCGCCGCAGGGCUCCUCACCAACGCCUCGGACCCUGAAAACGACACGCUUUCCGUGAGCGGCAACACCCAGCCUGCACACGGGUCACUGGACCUCCAGGAGGACGGCUCCUUUGAGUAUACACCCAAUGAGACCUACAGCGGCCAGGACAUCUUCAACUACACAGUGACAGACGGCAUCGCGUUCACGACCGCGGCUGUCAUCAUCACCAUCAUGCUCAGAGCCCUGUCGCAGAGCAGCCAGUCCCACUGA